UUCUGCGAGGCCCAAUCUGAUUUAAGAGCGAGGAGAUAUAUCGAAUGAGGAAACGCGGAACAUUGAACCGGAUAGAUGAAAAUGUCAUCACCGACUGGUAGAGUUUCCUGUGUAGAUAGUAUUGGGAAUAGCUUUUGGUGGGUGGUGUUUGGCCCGUUUUAUUCAUCGGAUUUCACGGUCGACGUGUGCACUCGGCACGUAAGAAUGCAUAAAAAUGGACCGUGUUCAUGUUAAAUUAUGAAAGCGAAUUUAUUGAUCGAGAGAGCGUGCAGCAAGGAAUAUCACGGCGCGAUAGCGCAAAGAUCCUAACCUUGUUUAAAAAUGAAGUCAGGCACCAUGGACAAACACAGAGGCUCGACACUUUUGAAAUCGGAAGAAAACGAGCAAGUCUUCCAAUUAAUAGGGAAUCGGUGCCAGUGUUUAGCAGCAGGAGUUAUUCAAUUAUAUUUGACUGAACCACCUUUACAUAAAGAAUGGAUAAAGAAAACUACAGGUAUUAUAACACUGAUAAGAGAUAAUCCUAGGCGUAGUUUCUUUCUUCGUUUAUAUUGUCUGCAAAGGAGAGCAAUGUUAUGGGAACACGAAGUGUACAAUGCAAUGGACUAUAAAGCACCAUUGACUUAUUUCCAUACAUUUGAAGCUGAAGACUAUAUGGCUGCAUUUAAUUUUGCAAGUGAAACAGAUGCUGUAACAUUAAGAAAUAUCCUUCUUGAUAAGUUAAAUGCAAAACGUCAGAAAAGACAGCAAAGGCGGUCUAAAAUGGAAAUAGAAGGCCAGCAUGGAGCGACAUUACCAUGGAGGAAUCAGAGCAGCACAUCACCUGUUGCAUUUAGCACUGGGUCAACUUCUAAUUUAGCGAAUGGAACUCCAACUACAAUCGGUGUAAAUAGAAGUGCUUCAAGUAGUUCUAUGUACAAAACUAAAAAGAAAAAGCGAGACAAAGCCAAGCGGAAAUUAACAAAAGAUGAUAUAGGUCCACCAUCCAAUUUUAGACAUCUAACACACCUGCCAUUCAACAGUAAUAAUAAGACAUUGGAUCCAGUCGAUCCACAUUUAAAAAUGUUUCUUGAUAAAGUAGGUGUGUCAGACCAUCAGUUCAGAAAUCAGGACACACGCAAUUUUAUUUAUGAUUUCAUUGAGAAAAAUGGAGGCAUGAGUGCCAUUCGAGAAGAUAUUUCAUCAUCCAGUGUACAGCAAUUGCAACAACAACCACCACCCCCAGUAGCACCUCAGAGACAGGAAUUUCCUCCGCCAGUUCCUGCACGAGUAGUACCUCAUCAGACGAGAAGUGCUCCAUCGCUACCUCCAAGUCGACUUCAUGCACCUUCAACACCACCAAGUGCACCACCUAGUGCGCCACCAGUACAUAGAACAUUACCAUCGAGACCACCGCCUCCUUCUUUAACGACAUCGGCACCGACAUUGCCACCUCCUCCGCCUCCACCUCCACCAGCUCCAGUUCCACCUCCACCACCACCAGCUCCAGCUCCACCUCCACCACCACCAGCUCCAGCUCCACCUUCCAGAAGUAAUUCGAGCGCACCUGUUCCACCUCCACCACCACUGCCUAAUUUAGUGAACACUGAAGAAGAAAUCGUUAAUACAAGUGCUACAAAUAAUAAUAAUAAUAAUAAUAAUAGGAAUAAUAAUAAUAAUAAUAAUGAAGAAAUUGCUGAUCCUAGAUCAAUGCUUAUGGAAUCAAUCAGAAGUGGCACUACACUUAGAAAAGUUGAUAAAUCUGAAGCAAAACCACCUCCACCACCCCCAGAUUCUAGAAAUGCUUUAUUGGAACAAAUUCGUCAGGGAAUUGAGUUGAGGCCUGUUUCAAACGAAGUAAAGUCUAAGACUCUUCCAGUGUUUGAAGGAGGACUAGCUAGUGCUUUGUCAAGAGCUCUCGCUGAGCGAUCAAAUGCAAUUCAUAGUGAAAGUGAUGAAUCAACUAGUGAAACCAGUGAUGAGGAUGAGUGGGACGAUUAACUCAGAUGGAAUAUACAACUUGAGGAAUACAAUAAUGUACCACUGUGAUAAAUCUGCUAUUGAUAAACAUUUAAACAGAUUAGUUACUGUAAAUGUAUAAUGUAACAAUUUUGAAUUUGAUAUCCAAAGAAGAAUGAAAAUCAUAUAUGAAUGUUCCGAAAAAUGGAAUCAGUUAAAUGUGUUAUCUGAAAGUAAGGCACAAUCAUGUGGAUAGGGCAGGUAAGGGCAGAAUAAAGAUUCUGGGAUUGUUUUGAAAAUAUUGUUACGUAUAAUUAUCAAAGCAGGUACACCGUAUGUACAAAGGAAAUAAUACUAUAAAGCACAAUAGAUUUAUAAAAAUAGUCCCUUUCUCGUUUGAUACUAUUAUUUAUUCAAUUGGAAGAACUGAUAUUUGCCAAAUAAAAAAAAGAAUACUAGACAGAUGUCUAUUCAAGCUGUUUUAAUAAAUAUUAUGAAAUAUAUAGUAAUUGAUACUGCUAAAUAAGUUAUAGGUAUUGUUACUUUAUAUAUUGCGCUUAUUAAAAUCGUAAAUCCUAAGCUGACAAUUUAGUUGUAACGAUUGUUUCAUAUAUUACAAUACUUGGAUAAUCCACUUUGCCCUAGUUUGCCCUGCCCAAGUCGUGCGACUCAAACUAUGCGUAAUAUUAAGUUAGCAAUGACUUUCGUGCGACAUGCACUUUUAUGAUGGAACAAAUGUAAACGUACAGGUAUAAUUCCAAAUUAAUUGGAAUAGUUCUGUCAGUUGUAAUACAAGUGAAGAGGAAGAGUAUUAGAAAUAUUAUUAGAUUCCUUUCCAGCUUAAUACUCUAUGAAGUUGCAAUGAUUUUGAUAAUGAACUACAUAUGUAAAGAGAUAUGUACAUCGAAACAAUUCUAAUUCUUAGAAACUAUAUUUAACAUCUCCAGAGACUUGUAUAUAUAUAUAUUAUCUAUCAUGCAUUAUUGUUGUACAGGUCGACUUUAACAAUCAAACUAUAGUUCAUUGUAACAUUUCUUACGUCAGGGUUUCAAGGUCGAUUUUUACAACUGACGUUCAAGAAAUAAAUAGGAAUACAAUACGUGAAACCGAAGGUCGUCAAAAUAUCACAAAAGUAUAUUUAAGCUAUAGUUAAAAUUCAUCGGCAUGUGAAAUUUUUAUUCUAAGGAGCUCGAGUUUAGUGCAGAUAAUUGCUUCGUUUAUCGGCAAGGAAAUCGCUAUGGGAGGAAUAUCGAAAUUACGGCUUUGUAUCUAGUCGUUUAUGAAGCCAAAGCAGGUACCCUGAACAGACACAAAACAAAAAAAGAGUAUAGUAACUUCCAAGCGUUUUUGCAGUCUGUUAAACGACUCAACGAAUCACAAGUAUGAAAUUCUUUUAAUACUGUUUUGUUUUUUCUAACAUUGUAUUUGUCUCUCUAAUUUAUUAUUGUAAACCUUAUCAUUGAUCGGCUAUUGUAACGGUAGAAGAGAUAGCGAGAAGCAAAUGGAAGAAACGCCACAAAGUGUACCAUAGUGUUGUCGUUAUAUACAUUACGGUAACUUUUCAUCGUUGAACAUAACUUGAAGCAAAGGGAAAAAGGAAAAAGAAGGAACGACACAUCAAAAUUACUUUUAGAUAUCUUAUUAAAAUACCCGUUAAAUUGCGAAUUAACGACUGUAGUAAAAACUGUAUACUUUCACGUGUGUGAUAUAGGUGGUAUCGAGCCCGCAGAAGUUGAAACGCAAGUAGAGACAUUGUUCAUCGGAAAAUAACGUGAGAGAAGAUAGACGAGGCGUAAGAUAGAGUCAUGCCGAUAUGGAAGAAAUCCUAGUCACUCCAGCAGAAAUGGGAAUGAACAAAAGAAAGAAAAGGAAAAAGAGAAACGAAUAUGUUAAUUAUUAGUUAUUGUAUUUUAUUAUAUUCUAUAACGCAAUAUUGUCUACUGUGAACCAUACGUUGCCCCGAAAGAAAACAAACUCUCGGUUCGACCGAUGUAGAUCAGAGAUAACGUUACGAAGGAUUUGUUCGGCCGCCUCGAAUCUUUCUUAUCAGCGUGUAACGUGUGGACGCGCGACAAAGACGGGGAGAACUAUGAACUGUUUGUUGAACUAUAAUAAAACGAAAGUAGCGAGGAAUGUUUUAACGAUGACUUGUUAUAUAAAAGAAAAGAAGAAAAUAAGAAAUGAAACUAAUAAUAUAUCCGAGAACUCGAGGAGAGACGCGAGAAAUUAUGAUGCGAUAUUUAAAGAAUGCAUUAUAGAUAUUGUUGCAUUUAAAAGAAACGGAAUGAAUUAACGGACAUGCAUUUUCGGUCCAGAUUACUUAGAGAGCGUACUGCGCGAAUAAUUCGUGCCGUUUGCUCCGUAUACCGUUCGUUCGCGCGCGGCACGAAUUACACGCACGUCGCGCAUGUUCUUCCGUCUCUCGAUUGUACGAACGCGGGCACAUUACAAACCGAGUUUGGUUUGCAUUGUGACCGUCAGGCAUAAGAAGCUAUGAAGGAGAUAAAAGUGAAAAAAGAAAAGAAAGAACAGACGACGAAAAGAAAGAAAGAAGAAAACCAAUUUACUUCAAUACGCAACUUCCUUUUACCGUAUUAAUUUUCUUAUUUAUAUUAUACCCAAGAGCUACGGUUUACGUUACGGAUAAUUUAUAGCGCAAAUCUUAUCGACUAACGAAGA